GACAUUUAGUUUAGUACCGUUUUUGGCUGCAGUCGCACUACGGACAAUAUUCUAAUUGUGCUAACCAUCAAUAUUCACACACACACAUAUAAUAUACAGCAGACAUAAAAUAUAUAGUAUACGCUUACGCAUACGUAUUACCAUAUACAAUUCGAUUAAAUAGCGGCAAUAGUUAAUGAUAUUAACUACACAUUUUAAAUGUAAUUAUACAUGGCCAAUGCCCAGCCAUAUGGAAAUCGUGUGCUGCUGUCUCAACACACAAAAAAUUGAAUCCAUUUAAUCUGUAAAACAAAAAACAACAAAUACACGAAUAAUAAUAACCAAAACGCAAACAACAAAUUAAAUCCAAAUGUAAAAUGAUCAAAAAAAAUUAAUAACAGUUUUCUAUUAAAAAAAAGUUUGUGCAAAAUUGUAACUGUGUUGGAAUAAAUCAUUUAAAAAUAAAAAAUUUAUAAUUGCAAGCUACAAAGCAACAAAACAACGACAACCAACAACGCGUGAACCAAGUUAGAACUAUACACACACACACACAUAUGUAUGUUCGUCUACCAAUACACAAGCAAGCAACCAAACACACACACUCACACGUUCGCGCUACACACACACACACACACGCAUACACUCACACGGAGAGAGACUUUAACAAUGUCAAGUGAAAACAAUCUCUGGAAUCAACAGGUUUCGCCCUAAAAAGUGUUAUUAAGAAGCGCGUCCAGAACUCUUUUUUUAUGCGACGAGGAAUUUAGUUAAAAUUACAACACGAAAUUCAUGAGCGAGUAAAAGAAGUUGAGCAAAAAGAGAGUCUUAAUAAUUAGCUAAAACGAAAACAACAACACCAACAACAAAGAAAAGAAAAAGAAAAUUAUAUAUAUAUGUGUAUAUAGAUCUAUAAGAAAUUGUGUGACUGCAACCAGGUGGAACGAAAGUCGGAACAAACACCGCAAAAAAUCAGCUUAACAACAACAGAAAAGAAAAAAGAAAAACCAAAAACCUGAAAAGUUCUUAGAGCGCAAAAUAAACCUCAAUAUGGAUUCAUUCUACGAUGGCGACCUUAAAGAUAUAUGGGACUCCGAUUUAGAUCCGACGGAAUCCUUGAAAAUAAGCAGCGAUCACGAUAUGCACGAUUGGUUUUAUGAUCGCGAUGUCAAGGAUCCAGCCGUAAUACUCCAUGACAAGCUCAUCUCCGAUGCGCUGCUCAAUGGCACGGGUCCAAUCAAAACGGAGCAUUCCUAUAGUCUCAACAGCGAUGGUGACUCCCUACCUGAUUCACCUAAAAGCCUGCAGGCCAAGAUCGAUGACAUGGAUGACGAGUGCUACUCAGGCAGUGGCCGCAUCACCAUUGAUCCCAAAUGCCUCACACUACACCCGCCCACAAGAAAUAAUCGCAGCAGUGCCAUGCUGAGCAUGAGCAGCACCAGCGCCAAUCCCGCAUUACACACAGCCAUAACGGAGUUGGCGCCCACGAACGCAGUCCUUGGUCGUCAUGGCCAUGGCGAUGUAGUGCAGCAGCAUUGUGGCAACAGCGUUAGCAAUCACAGCAACAGCAGCAGUGGCAGCAGCAAUAGCAUGAGCGUGGCAUUGGAACAUUUUCAACAAGCUCAACACUUGGCUGACAUGUAUGACGAUAACGAUUGCAGUUCGUCGGUGUCAUCGGCUAGGGAGGGCAGCAUAUCGCCCGAUAUAUGCUCGGACAUUGAGAUCGAUGAGGCAGUCAUCAAGGAUGAGCCAAUGUCGCCCGACUCUAGCUGCCCCGCCAGUCCAAACUCACAGAACAGCAGCGCCCAUCAGCUGAGCAUCAAUCUGGCCAAUUUACAAACAGAGUUGCUCUUUGACCAAAAGCAUGGUGGACUUUUGCUUACUGCAAACAGCAACAACCUCAUCAAAUCCCAGCAGCAGCACCAACUGUUGCUUGGUCAGAGCAGCCAAAGCCAAAGCAGCCUUAUGGUGCCCAAGAUAGCCAUCAAAAGUGAGAAACAAAGUGCGGCCAGCAACAACAGUUCAUCGGGUAAAUCGCAUGCGUAUGGCAUACCGUUGACGCCGCCCUCCUCUCUGCCCAGCGAUGACUCCGAAGGUAACUUGUCGCCGGAACAUUUGUAUGCGCCACUGUCCCCCAACGCUUCCGCCGUUUCGAUAUCCGCCGUUACCAAUGCAGCCGCCAAUGCCAAUUCAGCUGAUUCAGCCAACAAUGGGAGCGCGCGACGCGCUGCCUCAGCUUUGGCACGCGCCGCCGCAAGUAGCAGCAAUGGUGCCUCGAAUAAUGCCGCAACAUCGACGAGGCAACCCAUACACACGCCGUUGAUAAGCUCCCAGCCGAAAGGUUCCACGGGCACCCUGCUAUUGACAGAGGAGGAGAAACGCACGCUUCUGGCCGAGGGUUAUCCCAUACCACAGAAGCUGCCACUGACCAAAGCCGAAGAAAAGUCACUGAAGAAGAUACGACGCAAAAUUAAGAAUAAGAUCUCCGCUCAGGAAAGUCGUCGUAAAAAGAAGGAGUAUAUGGAUCAAUUGGAGCGGCGCGUUGAAAUUUUGGUUACCGAGAAUCAUGAUUACAAGAAACGCCUCGAGUCACUGGAGGAGACCAAUGCCAAUCUACUUAGUCAGCUGCACAAAUUGCAGGCCGUAGUUAGCAAGCACAAUGUGAAAAAGUCCUAAACCUGUAACCAAGGCCCAAUGGCCAAAUGGUUCAAGUUUGCCUGCCUGCCCGAGAGAUAUUUUUUAUUUUUAUUUUAUUUGUUGUACAUUCACACAUACACAAACACACACACACAUAUAUAUACUGAAUACAUACAUAGGCGAGUGUCGAGUGAAAGUUUUCUAAGAAUUUAUCAGUUUAUAAACAAAUUGUCUUGAUUAACGAAGCAAUUUUAUAAUUUGGCUUUUGAUUAGCACAAAGCAGUAAACAUUCCCCCAAAUCCCCCUGCCACCUUCUCUUAAGAUUUAGUAGCCCAUAUGCGCAUAUAUAUAUAUAUACAUAUAUAUAUAUAAAUAUUAAUUUCUAUAUGUAUAUUUCUAUCUAUAUCUAGCUACUUAUAGUUCGUAUCUUAUAUUAUUAUUAGUCAUGCAUUCCUGUUAUAUAACCUGAUAUAGAGUAGGCAACAAGCUCAAAUGAACCCCACUUAAUCAGCGUCUAAAGAGAAGCUACGUAAUAAUGUUGUUAAAAUAAAACAAUAAAAAAAACAACAAGAAAGAAAAGCCAACUUCGGCACUCCGAAGAAUAAAUACCCGUGCAGACCAAAUAGACAGUUAGUGCAAAUCGAUUAUUACAAGCGAGAACAAUUAUCUUAUUGCUCUUCAGAAAGAUACAGUUAGCUAUUCGGAUCAAUGACUAAUUGGUUCCGUUUUGCCUCAGAAUUAACAACAUUUGCUUUAAUAUCAAAAUUUUUAAAAGGUUACACAUAUUCGAGUAAAAUUUCAAAUAUUCUCUGCAAGGGUAUUAAAAAAAAAGAAAAACAUAAAACGCAAAAAUAUUGAAAAUCACACACCAAAAAACGCAUAUGGCAUGCUAAGAUGUGAGCUCUACGAAAACAUCGAUUUGAUUUAAGAGCAACGACAUGUACAUUAUGUUUUAAUAAUGCUUGAUUGUACGAACUAUACUUUCGGAGCUGUAUCCACAAUUAAUUAGGAUCAGUUUUUUGAACAGUUUUGUUUGGCAUGACUCUUGUUCCUUUAUACGAUAUUUCUCAAAACAUAAGAAAACAAACAAAAAUCGAAAACAAUUCCGUAUAUAUUUACAAAUAUGUAUGAAUUAUGUAAAACGAACUAUGUCUAUACGCAGCAUUUAAGUUUUUUUGUUUACCAGCAGCAAUUCAAAGUUACAUGAUGCUUUUGUUCUUGUUGCCUGGACGAAUUAAACAAUUUCCGAGCCAAUUACGAAAAGAAAAAUAUUGUUUGUUAAGUUUUAUAUUUUAAGUAUCGCUGCAGCGAAACGUUAAGAAAAAAAAACUACAAUUUCAAUUUACUUUGCAGCAAAGAUUUUGUUUUUUAUUAAUACCAUUUAUUUUACAUUGUAGUGCAAUUUUUCGGCAUAACUAUUCUUGUUUUCCACAGUCUUUUAUAUUAAAUAAUAUGAGUCAUUUUAGUAUAAAUUAGUUGAAUUUACGAAACACAAAAAGAAAAAUUACUUAACAACAUUUUAAGCGUAAAUUGAUUUCUUACAAAAUCAUCUACAUUAAUAUAUAUAAAUAUAUACACAUACAUAUGUAUAAUUACUGUAGUUAUUUUUAGUGUAUAUAAAUCAUGCGGACGAAGUUGUGCAAUUGUUAGUAAAAUUUUAUAUACAAAUUCUAUAGAAAAUUUCAACAAAAUCGAGUUGGCAUUCAUUUGAUAACCACAUUUGUGCAAUGGAAAUUUUUAUGCAAAUGCGAUAAAACAAAUUGUUAAUGGAUUACAAUAUAUUUAUACAAAUAGAUACAUAAAUAUAAUUAUAUAUAUAUUAUGUAUCAAUAUUUUUGGGCUACAACAUUUUUAACGCAUACAAAAAUGAAAAAAAUUAAAUAAAAAUUGUAAAACAUUUCAUUGGUUGCUGUAAUUGGGCAAAAUAAAAGUGCAAUUCCAAAUAAAAUUGAUACAACCAUAAACAA